GUGUCCUGUUCAAUGAAGGAAACAUUGGGGUGCUCGAGGGUUGCAGGAACAAAUUGUGGGGCGCAGUAGUACAUUACUGGGCUGCGAUCACACAGUAUUGGAGAUGCGCUGACGUGUAAUGACGUCACGGGAGAACGGAUGGAAGCAAUUUCGUGGACCACUUUGCCUCAUAAUAAUCGAGAGAUGGCGUCCUGUACCCAGUGAAUAAGCAAAAAAUAUCUUACAGAAUUGACGAAAAGAUGCUCUAAUGACAUUUAUCAUUAGGCUACGAACACUGUUGAAGUAGGCUAAUAAUAACAAUAAUCUUUCACUGAUAGAAAGAGCAUUUGUUUUGGUUCUGCAAUAGCCUAUUCCACCUGGUUUCACCAGAUUUAACAGGGGUGGGUUCCGCGGCGUUUGUUUCACCAUCCUCCAGCCUCCGCCUCUGUGUAGUCUAUCCAACGCGAGGACGGCGAAACUAGAGACAGGGAGAGAGGGCGAUGGCUGCCGGUGGAGGAUGCGGGGAGACUGUGGAUCAGUACCGGGCGGAGGUCGAGCGGCUCACCCAGGAACUUGCGGAUGCGAACAGAGAGAAGAUCAGGGCGGCAGAAUGCGGUCUUGUUGUGUUGGAAGAGAACCAGACUUUGAAGCAGCAGUAUGCCGAUUUGGAAUCGGAACAGGAGACGCUGAAGCAGGAGUUGGAACAAUUACAAGAGGCGUUUGGCCAGGCCUACUCCAACCAGCGUAAAGUGGCGGAGGACGGCGAGAGCAACGAGGAGUCACUGCUGCAGGAGUCAGCGUCUAAGGAGGCCUACUACAUGGGCCGGCUGCUGGAGUUGCAGACAGAGCUGAAGCUGAGCCGCUCGGUGGCGUCCAACGCGUCCAAUGAGAGCGAGAGGCUCAACGCCGUGCUGCAGGAGCACAGCGAAAGUAAUGAGAUGCUGGAGUUGCAGCGGACCCGGAUGAGGGAGGAGAUCAGGGAGUGUAAAUUCAGAGAGGCCCGUCUCCUACAGGACUACACCGAGCUGGAGGAGGAGAACAUCACCCUGCAGAAACUAGUGUCCACACUCAAACAGAACCAGGUGGAGUAUGAGGGUCUGAAGCAUGAGAUCAAGGUUCUGGAGGAGGAGACGGUGCUGCUGAACAGCCAGCUGGAGGACGCUCUGCGUCUGAAGGACAUCUCUCAGUCCCAGCUAGAGGAGGCCCUGGAUGCCCUGAAGAUCGAGAGGGAGCAGAAGAACAGCCUGAGGAAGGAGCUGGCCCACCACAUCACCCUCAGCGACAGUGUAUACGGGGCCGGAGCCCACCUGGCUCUCACCGCCACGGUCGACGGGCUCAAGUUCGCCACAGAAGAGGUCGGGAGCAAUGGUACAGCCAUGCCCAAUGGCAACAAUGGGAAUGAGGAUAGCAACAGCGACUGUAACGGCCACCUGGGACUGGUUAAGGUGAACGGCGACUACCGGCUGCCCAGGAAGGGGGAAGGGCUGCACGGUCCUGUGUCAGACCUCUUCAGCGAGCUCAACCUGUCUGAGAUACAGAAACUCAAACAGCAGCUCCUUCAGGUGGAGCGUGAGAAGUCCAGCCUCCUGAUGAACCUGCAAGAAGCCCAAACCCAGCUGCAGCACACACAGGGUGCCCUGACCGAGCAGCACGAGUGUGUCCACCGCCUCACCGAGCGCGUCAACGCUAUGAAGCGCCUCCACAGUAACAAGGAGAUGGCCGACGCCCAGGAGUCCAAGACGCACGACGGGUUGCCCGGUCGCCACGACUACGUGGUGAACAUCCACGGGAUGGAGAUUCUGGAGUGUAAGUACAAGGUGGCGGUAACCGAGGUGAUCGACCUAAAGGCGGAGCUAAAAGCUCUGAAGGAGAAAUCUAACCAUUGUGUGGAGGGCCAGGGGGAGGAGUGGAGCAGCAGCGAUGGGAAGGUCCAAGCUCUGGACGAGCAGGUCAAACGGCUGGAGAAGAGCUGCCGCGAGGCCCGCGAAAAGGUGGCGCGUUUGGAGGCGGAACUACAGACGGCGACGGGCGUGGCCACGGAGAGCCACGGCAUGCUGAACACGGCGCAGGAUGAACUGGUGACAUUCAGCGAGGAGCUGGCCCAGCUCUACCACCACGUGUGUCUCUGCAACAAUGAGACGCCCAACCGCGUCAUGCUGGACUACUACCGCCAGAGCCGUAACACCCGCAGCGGCAGCCUCAAGGGCUCCGAGGACCCCCGGGCACUACUCUCCCCCCGCCUGGCUAGACGCCUCGCCGCCGUGAACGCCGGGUUCUCAGAGGCCCCCCGGAGCCCCAUGGACUCGCCCUCCAAAGACCCCCCCAGUGGGGACAACGGGACAACAGGGAGGGAGUCCCCAGCACCAGGCAGUCAGGGGAACCCCACCCGCAGCCCCAUUGGCUCCCCGGUCAUCAACAGCUCCAACGGCUCUCCCUCCUCCUCUUCCGUCCCUCCCGAGGCGUGCGGAGACCUGCGUAAGGAGCCCAUGAACAUCUACAACCUGAACGCCAUCAUCAGGGACCAGAUCAAACACCUGCAGAGGGCCGUGGACCGCUCCCUCCAGCUGUCUCGACAGAGGGCAGCCGCCCGGGAGCUGGCCCCCUUGUUCGACAAGGACAAGGAGGCCUGCAUGGAGGAGAUCCUCAAGCUCAAGUCCCUCCUCAGCACCAAGAGGGAGCAGAUUGCCACGCUCAGGCUGGUGCUCAAAGCCAACAAACAGACUGCAGAGGGGGCGCUGGCUAAUCUAAAGAGCAAGUAUGAGAAUGAGAAGUGCAUGGUGACAGAGACCAUGAUGAAGCUGAGGAACGAGCUGAAGGCUCUGAAGGAGGACGCCGCCACCUUCUCCUCUCUCAGGGCCAUGUUCGCCACCAGGUGUGAUGAGUAUGUGACUCAGCUGGAUGAGAUGCAGAGACAGCUGGCUGCGGCGGAGGAUGAGAAGAAGACCCUGAACUCCCUGCUCCGGAUGGCCAUCCAACAGAAGCUGGCCCUGACCCAACGCCUGGAGGACCUGGAGUUUGACCACGAGCAGACCCGGGGCUGCGGCGCCAAGGUGCCCAAGAUCAAGAGCAGCCCGCACAAAGUAAGUCGACGAGCCGCCCUCACAGCUCCCCCCAGCCCCACCAUGAUACACAGCCCUUCUUCCACCUGCUCCCACACCUUCAACACCUCCCUGACCCUCUGCAGCCCUCACUCCCUGGAGCUUCCCCAGUCCUCCAAUCCCUGGUCGGCCUCAGACGGAGGCACUUCCCAGACCUCAUCCCUGGUCUCCUCUCUGCCUCCCCUGGGUCACCCCCAGUGGUCCCUGGGCACUCAGACCUUCAUCAUUGACCCAGAGUCGCUGAGUUUAGAGUGCUGUCGACUCGUUAACAGUCGAGACUCCAGUCCGCACUCUCCUAGCUCCGCCCCCGUGUCUCCUUACCGCUCACCCAUUCCUAAGACUUGGCAACACUUGUCGCCGGGGUCGGUGAGAACUCGUACCCAAAAAGACGCACCUCGCCCCUCUGCUCUGGUCACAUCUCCCAGCAACCCAGUCCCUCACGCCUACAGUUCCAAGAUGCCCUAGCCCUAGUCCAAGUGGGUGGGUGGGACACAGAGAGGAGGACAGACUGGUUUCCUGUUUCCAGUGUCUGGCUUGACCUAUGACUAUGCAGUACUGUGACAUUCUUCUCAGGAAUUGGCUAUGAGAAGGAGCCCAACACAGCUUCUUCCAUCUGCAGACAAUACUCAAGUCUGUUUAUAGUUUUGGGCUCAUUUCUGUAAAUGAAGGGAUUUAGGGAAGAAAUGAAAUAUAUGUUAGAAAUAUACCAGUUAAUGUGACAUUUUUAUGACAAAUAAAGUUGAGUUUUAGUAACUUUUCUGAGGAUUUGUUAUGCAUAAUGAGCUAAGAUGGAGUGAAGGAUACUUCUACAUUUUGGAGAUAUUUAAUUCCGUAUAACAUACGUUUUUAUUUCCUCUCUUGGCACAUAAACUGUAAGCUUUUAGAGUAGAAGUGAAGUGCUGUAGCCUAGUCCUCAUAUCAUACAACCUAAUUAUUGUCCACUAUUUUCCAUUGUUAGGCAAUUGAAUUCCCCUGUUGUUGUCAUUGCCUAUGUUAAUUAUUCACUUUGUAUAAUCAAAGUCUGUUUGUCGUCAAUAUACGCAUUGCUUUUUCCAACCAUCCAUAAACUGUGCAGAGCUACACUGUGACUCUGUUCUGUGGGUCUCAUUGGGCGCCACCCAGUGGAUGAUUGACACAGUUGAAACACAGACACUAAUGUCCAUUGGAAUUCCUCAGUCUAUCCCAGGGAUGGGCAAUGCAGGCCCGCAAGCAACUCGGGCCCCCGCCCCCAUCAAAGUUGCUCAUCUCUGGUCUAUCUAUCCCUAUGAAUGUUUGGCACAGAAAAUAUAACACCUUGUUGAAAUCUCAGGGAAUCUUUGCCUGUAUAACAGAGAAAGGCACUGUAUCUAUUAUAUAUCUAUCUAUACCUCUCUGACACAGUCUAUGAAUGAAACAAUUUUGAUGACUCUGCAAAUCAUAUUAUAAUUCAGGUCAUCAAAAAAGAUGCGGUAAAGAAGUCAAUGUUACUUGACCAAAAGAAUGGAAUUGCCAUGGGAAACGCGUGGGCAAAGAUCCAGGGGUUCUCCUCAUUGUAUUUCACACUAUGUCGAGGUAAAAAUCUGACUAUAAUGUUUGUAUGGAUGUCAACCCCAACACAUGUCAUCGUUACCAAUCAACUGCGUUACAGUUAAAAACAGCGUUGACUGCCAUCAACGAUUUCUGUAUGAUAGCUACAUGUAUGCUACUAGCUCAUACAAACGGGAGUUAGCAUUUGGCAGUCACUUCUUCUAAACCUGAAGAGGGACAACUUCUACAUGUUAUGCAGCAAAAACAGCCAAAAAAUAUCCAAAUUUGACUUAAAGUAACCACAUUGUGGGCUGUUACAAUACAUAAAUCAUGACUGAUUUGACGAAUAUCAUGACUGAUUUGACGAAUAUCCACUUUGUUAAAUCAAAUUUGUUGAAUGUGGGCCAAUCUGGUCAACAUUGACUCCUUUACCGCGUCUAUGAUUUUAAGGAACCAUUCUAGUUUGAUUAACAUGUUCAAGCCAUGAUAAUAACAUGAAUCUUGAAUUGUCAUCAAAUCUGGAGCAAAAAGCAUUUGACAGAAGUCCCUUCCACAAGUCUACAGCCCUAUUCAGUGCCACAAUCAAUUGCCCCUUCUCUACACUAUAAUACGUAAAGCAUACUAUAGCUUGACUUCAUUGUGUCCUUAGAGUCUAUUAUUAAUAUAGAAAACCAAGUGUGGGGGGGGGGGG